AGUACCUAAUACAUCUGCCUUGAUUCCAAAUGUUUGUUUAUAUUUGUUGAUUUGUGACAUUGUAGUAUUAGGAGGCCAUAAAUAAAAAAAAAAAUGUUAAAAACAAUUAGUUUAAGAGCAACGCAAUGCAGCUAUUUGUGCAUUUCUAGUCAAAAAAUUAUCACAAGGGGAUAUGUGCAACAACACCAGACAAGACUGUUUAACAUUGGCAACAUUGUCAAGCGACAGCGGGGUUAUGAGAAAAAGGAGCUAUUGGGAUAUUCUAUGCAGGAAAUGUACUCUGUGGUUUCAGAUGUCACAAACUAUCAACAGUUUGUGCCCUAUGUCAAAAAGUCCCAUGUCCAUAGCAAACAUAACGAUGGCUUUAAGGCUGAUCUAAUUGUGGGUUUCCCACCACUACAUGAAAUAUAUACCUCAAAUGUUACACUGAAAAGUCCCACCCUUGUCACAUCCGAAUGCAAAGAUGGACGCUUGUUUGAUUAUCUACUCAACGAAUGGCGUUUCAGUCCAGGCCUCAAGGAUAUACCACAGUCCUGUCUAUUAGAUUUUAAAGUACAUUUUCAAUUCAAGUCGUUGCUACACAGUAAUAUUGCCAAUUUAUUUUUCGAUUUAAUUUGUGAUCAAAUGGAGCAGGCAUUUGUGGCCGAGGCGAAAAGACGUUAUGGUGAAGCAUCCAUAAAAUCGCAUAUUUUAUCAUCCAAACGAUCCUGACCUUCACCGGGGGAAGGAGGUGAAAAACAAUAAUUAGUAUGUGUUUUUUUGUUAUUAGAGGACAUUAGUUUGUAGGAACCAAUUGACAUUUGAAUGAAAUGCUAAAGAUUUUGUUAAUUGUAAGUUGAAAAAGAGGCAAAUGUGACUCGGAAACCAAAAGAUUAUUAUAUAAAACGAUAUACUUUUCGAAAAAAAUAUCUUUGUGAAACAAUUGUAUAUAUACUUUAACUUUUAUAUCUCUAUAUAUGUAGUACAUUUUUUAAUAAAUAAAAUAAGAUAUUAUUUGACGUUAUGAAAAAUCUGCUUGAUGUAA